GGCUCACUGCAGGCUACCUGGAUAUGAACCAUGAAAUAUUUAUAGAAAAGGGGUCGUACAAAAUAGGGAGUGCACCUAUAAAAAAUCACCACUGUCCUCUUUCUGUAACACUUCAAGUGCUGCUUUUUAGCGUGGGAUCCUUCAUUCACAGCUAUGGCUCCUAAGAAGGCAAAGAAGAGAGCAGAAGGAGCCAACUCCAAUGUCUUCUCCAUGUUCGAACAAGCACAGAUCCAGGAGUUCAAAGAGGCCUUCACCAUUAUGGACCAGAACAGAGACGGAUUCAUCGACAAGAAUGACCUGAGAGACACGUUUGCAGCGCUGGAGCCUGCUGUGAUGCUACUUGGUAAUGCUGCAUCAGCAACAGUUCAAAAAGAGGCGGAGGCUGACUUCCACCUGGUGUGUUGGAGCAUCACUAGUGAUAGAGGGAGUCCUGGGCGGCUGAACGUGAAGCAGGAUGAGAUUGAUGAGAUGCUGAAGGAAGCUCCAGGACCCAUUAACUUCACAGUCUUCCUCACCAUGUUCGGGGAAAAGCUCAAAGGUGCAGAUCCAGAAGAGACCAUCCUAAACUCCUUCAAGGUUUUUGACCCUGAAGGCAAAGGAUAUUUGAGAAAGGAUUUCGUGACCGAGAUGCUGACAACACAGGCGGACAGAUUCUCUCCAGAGGAGAUGGAGCAGAUGUUCACGGCUUUCCCUCCAGAUGUGUCUGGUAAUCUUGACUACAAGAACCUGGUGUACAUCAUCACACACGGAGAAGAGAAGGACCAGGAGUAAAGAGAAAAAUCCUGAUUACUUCUUUGGUUUCAGAUCUGUUCUUCUUGUAAAGUGCCUUAUUUAUAGUUUGUGUAUUCUGCUUUCAUAACUGUAAUGAGAAGAGAAGGUGCUCGGCACAGACCUACUGUUUACUGAGAAGCAUAUUAAAAGGAGAGAGAUACACAGAGUGAAUUAAAUUAUGAAUUAAACAUGAUGCUCACA